AUGAAAAUAUAUUACAUUGGUGUCUUCCGUAAUGAGGGAGAAAAGGCAUUGGAGUUGAGUGAGGUAAAAGAUUUGUCCCAAUUUGGGUUCUUUGAAAGAGGUAGUGUGGGCCAAUUUAUGACCUUCUUUGCGGAAACUGUUGCUUCGAGGACUGCUGCAGGUCAGAGACAAAGUAUAGAGGAGGGGGAGUACAUUGGUCACGUUUAUGCCAGAGCGGAGGGGAUUUGUGGUGUAUUGAUCACUGAUAAAGAAUAUCCUGUGAGACCAGCUUAUACUCUACUAAAUAAAAUAUUGGAUGAAUAUUUAGUCGCACAUACACCACAGGAGUGGGAGAAUGUUACGGAGACGAAUGAUUCUUUGAAGAUGAAGGAGUUGGACACCUAUAUUAGCAAAUACCAGGACCCAUCACAAGCAGAUGCCAUUAUGAAAGUGCAACAAGAACUAGAUGAGACUAAAAUUGUUUUGCAUAAAACUAUUGAAAAUGUCCUACAGAGAGGAGAGAAAUUAGACAACCUAGUGGAUAAAUCUGAGUCAUUAACUGCAAGUUCUAAGAUGUUUUACAAGCAAGCUAAGAAGACAAAUUCAUGUUGUACUAUAAUGUAG